CAUCUAAUAAUUUCUGCUUUUUCACAUGACAUGUUUUGUGUCGUUGUCGAACGAAGAUGAUGUAAUUCACGCAUUAUGUUGUCAUGUUUUUCCUGUUAUUAUUAUUAAAAUAUAAACAUGCUGUCCUUUUUUCGUAAGCUAUCAAUCGGCGGAAAGAUAAAAGAUGGUAUAUUGCCAGAGGGAAUCAUGGGAACGGCAGAGGAUCUCUUGACAGCGAGGAGUCAGAACGAUCUGGCACUAAUGACAGAUACAGAGUUAAAAGAAUCCGUUUACGAUUUGCUAAGAACUAUUAAGGAUCCAGAGAAACCACAAACCUUGGAGCAACUGAACGUUGUCUAUGAGGAAUGUAUAACUAUUUGUCACCGCACACCUGGAGGAGUGUCUGUGAUUCGCGUGGAAUUCAAUCCUACUGUGCCUCACUGUUCGUUGGCAACUCUCAUUGGAUUGUGCAUUCGUAAAUUGGAACGUCAUUUGGUAGCAUCAUUUAAAUUGGAUAUCUAUAUCAAAGAGGGUGCACAUUCAACCGAACAAGAAAUUAACAAACAAAUAAACGACAAGGAACGUAUAGCAGCUGCAAUGGAAAAUCCAAACUUGCGGGAAUUAGUGGAGAAAUGCAUAUUGGAGGAAGACUAUUAGCAUUUUCUGUGAUGAUUGUGAUGGAUAUACUGUCUAAUAUUUUUUUGUAACUUACAGUUUUUAAUCUACAUUAUGUGUAAAUAAAUGCUUUAUUUUAUUGAUA